GCUCCUCUUCCAAUUUUCUUCUCAAAACCCUAGAUUUGAAGAUAAUCUAGGGUUUUUUUUUUUUCUCUCUUUCUUGUUAAGUCUUGUAGAAUAGUUUUUGGUUGUUAAGCUUGUUGGUCUCUGUAGCUGUGCUGUUUUUUGAUUCUUCUUCACAUUUAUUCUCAAUAUAAUAUCUUCUGUGGGAUGGUGAAGGUAGAAGUGCUUGUUGUUUAAUAUCAUUUUCUUAGUGGCUUUAGUUCAAUUUCUCACUGGGUUGGUUUGAUUCUCUCUCCAGUAACAAAAACCUCUGUAAAACCCUUGUUCUGAAUUGCCCUGUGUUCAUAUUUUGAAGAUUUAGGGCUAAAGAGGGUUUUCAUUUCCGUAUCUCCUUACAAUCUUUUUUAGUUGAAGAUUUUGAAUUCUUGUUCUAUAGCAUUUUCCCAAUUUGUAGAAAAACCCUUGCAAAACCCUUUUCAUUUGGUUCUAUAACUUGUUUUAUUGUCGUAACCUUCGGUUCAGUUUAGAGUUGGCGUAUAAGUGGCCUCAAGACAUAAGCAUCAAGGAAGAAAGGAAAUAAAAAGGAGUGAUCUUUUGUUAUCGUGAUCUUGCACUAUUGCUUUUAGUAAAUGCAUGGAUGGAAGAGAAGCCAUGGCAUUAGCUAGUGGGUCAACACCAUAUUACAUUCAUAGAGCUGGUGGGGUUGGUGGGUCUGGGUCGGGGUCUGGAUCACAAACUGGUUCAUUGCAUCACCCACCUGGCUUCAGACACUUGCCAAACCCGAAUUUACCACCUCAAUCCAAUGCCAGGCCAGGUUCAUCUGGGCCAGCAUUUUCAAUAGAGCCAUCUAAUGCGAAUUUCGGUCAUGGCAUCAACAUGGCUAUGGCCCCUGGGGUGCCAAUGAGUGAGCCAGUGAAGAAGAAGCGGGGGAGACCUCGGAAAUAUGCUCCGGAUGGGCAAGUUUCUCUUGGAUUGUCUCCCAUGCCAGUAAAGCUUAGGCCUUCAUCGAUGCAGGAUCCAUUGACCCCUAAAAGGGGCAGAGGCCGCCCGCCUGGAAGUGGCAGGAAGCAGCAAUUAGCUCUUCUGGGUGACUGGAUGAAUUCUUCCGCUGGAAUAGCCUUUUCACCUCAUGUUAUCGGUAUUGGAGCUGGAGAGGAUAUUGUUUCAAGAAUACUGUCAUUUGCUCAACAGAGGCCAAGGGCAGUUUGUGUUUUGUCUGGAACUGGUGCUGUUUCUUCAGUAACACUACGUCAGCCAGCAUCUUCAGGGCCCAGUCUCACAUUUGAGGGGCGUUUUGAGAUAUUAUGCAUGUCUGGUUCUUACCUGGUUUCUGAAGAUGGUGGCCCUCGCAAUCGAACUGGUGGUAUUAGUGCUUCUCUUUCCACUCCAGACGGUCAUGUCAUUGGUGGUGCAAUUGGGAUGCUUAUUGCAGCAGGCCCAGUUCAGGUGGUGGCAUGUAGUUUUGUACACGGUGCUUCUAAGAACAAGGAUAAACAGGUUGGUCGACCAAAAAUUAUUAAGGACUCUGCAUCUCAGCCUGGUGAGAGAUUAGCUCCCCCAAAAUCCACAAUCCCUACAAAUUUACCUCCUCAAAAUUUCACUCCAUCUUCAAUGAAUGUUUGGCCUGUUUCACGAUCAGUUGACCUGAGAAACCCUCACAGUGAUAUUGACUUGAUGCGAGGAUGACUGCUGCAACAGACACAUGGCAAAUUUUUGUACAUAUGUGUUGUUGUAUAUGUACUGAAUCUGUGAUAAUUAUGGACAUUUUGGGUUCCACCUUGUUUCCCUACUAAGGGGCCAUGUUCGUGUUUGUGCUAACGUAGUCUGUAACAGAAGUCAUUAUUUUAAGACUGUCAUAGUUGCAAUGGAAACUUGUUGAAAUUUUUUUUGGUAAUUUGGGGGCCAAAGUACAUUGAUAUGUAGCAUGAAGAGUGCCCCUGCGCCAGAAUACUGUCAUUCUUUGAAUCUUUCUUUUAAGUUUUAUUUUUAAGCCAUUUUCUCAUUUCAGUAA